AUGGCAGAUGAUGAAGACUAUUUGGAAUUCCGAUUAGGCGGUGAGUCUAAUGACGACGGCGUCGUGCGGUACUACACUCCGCAGGGUGAUCAAUCCCACCCGGCCGAACUCAUCAAUUAUGUCGCCAACCAGAGCGGUUCGCUUUCCAAAGUGUCUUUGGGCGGAAGCAAAGAAGACAUUAAACAAGACGAUCAGGGUGUUCAGGAGAAAUUGCGCCACUUCGAGCAAGCAAACACCAGCACCACAAGCUUUGUUAGCGUGCAGUCAGAACUUAGUCCUGAAGCACCGGCAGUGGAAGAGGUGCCACAGACGCCGAAGACCCCAGAGACCCCGCGUAUUCGGCAGAAUGCUCUUGGUGAACUAGUGCUGGAGGACGGCCAAGCGCUGAAGGAUAAACAAGCAGAUAAUGAGGAUGAGGGAUGGUUGCCCAUGCGCACGGUGGGCUCAUCUGAAGAGUACGAUGAUAUGGGUAACUUGGUUGUGCACCAAAACCUUUUCGAUUAUGCUGGCGAGGAAGACGUUGCGGUCAGUGGAUAUACCAGGGUUGGUGUUGACGACGAUGCAAAGUCCAUCACAUCUUUGGACGAGAAGACCGACUACUUGUUUGACAAAGAAGAUGGCGACUCACACACGCAAAUACAGACUACCAAAGAAAUGCUCACCGAUAGACAAAAAAUCGCCUAUGUGGGGCUGCUUCGUCUAGAGCUCGCAGUCAUGGCCGACAAACUGCGAGCCACCACCGGUGACUCCAGCCAUGGAGCAGUGGCAAUCGAAAGUUUACAAGUUUGGGGGUCUCAGAUUAUCCGCAGAAUUUACGCCCAUAUGGAGCUCAAUAAUGAAGAGCAGCUAAUGAUCGAACAACUCGCAUAUCAUGGUGUUCUGGCUAGCGAUCUUUCUCCGUGUUUACGGACCGCGCAGAAGGUGAACAAGGGCAAAAUCGUCCAGGUGGACAUCGAAUCUCCUGUGGAAGUCUCGGACUUGCAUGCUGAAGCACCCUCAGAGCAAAUAAAGCUAAAGGAGGCUAUUGACGUACGAUGGACGGUGCUUUGCGAUCUAUUUUUGAACUUGGUUGCACAGAGUGUUUAUGACUCUCGCUCCCGUACUCUUCUAGAGCUGCUAGGUGCCGAGCUUGGUGUUAGCAGAUUAGACAUUUGUCAAUUUGAGCGUAAAGUUACUGACGCAAUGCAACUCGACGAAUCUGCUGGACAGACCUGGGAUGACCAAGAUAUUAUUGAAUCGAGACGCAAGCGGGCUUUGAAGCGAAAAUAUGCCUAUAUUGGGCUGGCCACAUUAGGUGGUGGCCUUGUUAUCGGCCUCAGUGCUGGUUUACUUGCCCCCGUUAUCGGUGCUGGUAUUGCAGCUGGUCUGACAACUAUAGGCAUUGGCGGUACGUCGGGAUUUCUUGCUGGAGCCGGUGGUGCAGCACUAAUUACCACUACCGGCGUAAGUAUUGGUGCUCGCGUUGGCCAAAAGAGUAUGACUCGUCGAGUUGCUCCCGUGCGCACUUUUGAAUUUCGCCCUUUGCACAAUAACCAGCGUGUUAAUGUGAUUGUUACUGUGUCAGGGUGGAUGAAUGGUAAAGAGGAUGAUGUUCGAUUGCCCUAUUCAACCGUGGACCCUGUCAUGGGUGAUCUUCUAUCGGUCUACUGGGAGCCUGAGAUGAUGCAGAGCACGGGUGAGACCAUCAAUAUUCUUGCAACUGAAGCUUUGACCCAGAGUGUUCAGCAAAUUCUCGGCGCCACCAUUCUCACUUCACUUAUGGCCUCCAUUCAAUUGCCAAUGGCUUUAGCCAAGCUCAGCUACCUUCUAGAUAACCCUUGGAACGUUUCUUUGGACCGUGCGUGGGCGGCUGGUCUUAUCUUGGCCGACACGCUUCAGCAGCGCCAUUUGGGUGCUCGGCCAGUCACUCUGAUUGGAUUCAGCCUUGGUGCCCGCGCCAUCUACUCGUGCUUAGUCGAGCUGGCUCGACAAAGUGCGUUUGGCCUAAUCCAGGAUGUUUAUAUUUAUGGUGCUCCGGUUGUUUACUCCAAAAAGGCAGUGAUGAAGGCACGCUCGGUAGUUAGUGGCCGUUUUGUCAACGGUUAUUCACGGAAGGACUGGAUUCUGGGUUAUUUGUUCCGCGCUACCUCAGGCGGUCUGGGCACUGUUUUUGGUUUGGCCCCCAUCAACUCUAUGUUUGAAAUUGAAAACAUCGACGUUACUGAGUUUGUUGACGGUCACAUGGCCUACCGUGCUAAAAUGCCCAAACUACUCAAAGUAAGUGGCUUUACAGUUUUGAGCGAAGAGUUUGACGAUUACGCGGACCCCGAUCCUAAGAAAUUGCGGGAACGACAGCAGAAACUCAUUCAUGACCUCAACGAAGAGAAGCCUGUCAAGAAGAAGUGGUGGCCUUGGGCUCGUUCGACAAGCCGCGACAAAGCUUGGCUGGAUCAGGCUAAAGAGUCCACCGAUGAGACAGAGAGUAAAGAUGGCGACGGAGAAUAUAAUGCUUUCGAUGUCAGCGCCAUUCGCAAAGAAGUGGGCCGCUUGGAAAAGAUGGAAGUCGAAAUGAUAUUCGAUGCAGACGUUGACGACACAGAUCCACCUCCAGAAUACGUUCCGGAACCAAUGCACCUUGCCGAGGAGGACGAAGAUAUUCCGCAGCCUCCUCCAGCUAAUCGCUCGCAAGUAAAAGAAGGAGCAAAAGCUGUUCGCACAGGAUACUCUCCCCACAAGCCCAUUGCCGACUCGUUGUCACGCAACAAAUUGCCUGAAGCACACUCAGAGGAUCUGUCGGCCGCCGCUCCAAAGUCACCGCAAACAAACUAUUCGCCUCCAGCCACACCCAAAACUAAAUCCGCUGAGGACGGCAUUACUUUUACAUUCGACUAG